GCUGUCAAUCACGGAUCAUGUUAGGUUGAGAUGAAGAACUUGGCCUGAACGGGUGGCUGUUUGAGACCCCCAAACCGAGCUAAAUUAGGGACAACGGGAUAUUUCGUAUUCAUUUUCUCAGUUGGAAUAUUUUAGUAAGUUAUAACAACACAUUCACACAGUCGUUAAGCUCAGCGGAACCGAGAGCAUGUCUGGAGGAGGAGAUUUCGGCAACCCGCUCCGCAAAUUCAAGCUGGUGUUUCUGGGAGAACAGAGCGUGGGGAAGACAUCAUUGAUUACCAGAUUUAUGUAUGACAGUUUUGACAAUACCUACCAGGCCACAAUAGGAAUUGAUUUCUUGUCAAAAACUAUGUAUCUCGAGGACAGAACAAUCAGGCUGCAGCUCUGGGACACAGCAGGCCAGGAACGUUUCCGUAGCCUCAUUCCCAGCUACAUCAGAGACUCUGCUGCUGCCGUUGUAGUUUACGACAUAACAAAUGUCAACUCAUUUCAGCAGACCACCAAAUGGAUUGAUGAUGUCCGAACAGAGAGAGGAGGUGAUGUCAUCAUUAUGUUGGUGGGAAACAAAACAGAUCUUGCAGAUAAAAGGCAAGUUUCUAUUGAGGAAGGAGAGAGGAAGGCCAAAGAACUGAAUGUAAUGUUUAUUGAAACUAGCGCUAAAGCCGGAUACAAUGUUAAACAGUUGUUCAGGCGUGUAGCAGCAGCUCUUCCUGGUAUGGAGAGCACACAGGACAAAAGCAGAGAGGACAUGAUCGACAUAAAAUUGGAAAAGCCUCCAGAACAGCAGGUCAGCGAAGGCGGCUGUUCGUGCUGAAGGUCGAACCUCAUUUGUGUGCCGUGUCUCUCGUCGCCCUUUCAGAUGCUCUCAAACGCACCCGUAGCAUCUCUCUGGAUAUUUUGCAGAAGCUCCGCCCACCCGGAGAAAGUCAAACACUACCUGCCUGUCAACCUUGUUUCUGUGGUUACUGCCGACUCACUCGAAUGACUUAAAAUCCAAAACGCUCUUGCUUUGAUGUUAAUUGUUUCCGUUACUCUUGCACCCUUGUGGUGUUAAUGUUCACACUCGAAACACUUUUUAUUAAGUGUCAUUUGUGUUUAUGCUUCUGCAUCUGCAGAGGUCUCAGUUCUAUUUUAUGUACAUUAAAAUAAUACUUAUAUUAAUGUAACCAUGAUGUGAAUAGGAGCAAAAAGAGCUGAAUAAAUAAAAUCACACAACUAAAAUAUGGGAAUAAAACAUGAAGCCACUGUAGUGCUUUUUAGGAGAUUUCAUUACAUGCGGCUAAAUGCGUGUUACGUCCGUAAAAUUUUGUCUUGAGUUGGAAGAAAGGAAAACGUAAACAGCAAAUUUUACUGGAGUUCAAGUGAACAAAGCUCUUUUUUCUUUUUGAGCAUCCAGUUUCUCUUGGCUAUGUUUGCCCUGGAUGCCAUUUUUAUCAAGCUUAUUUUUCUAAUUUGGAAAAUUAGAAAGCCUAUAGCUUAGUAUAAGAGAAAUACAGUUAUUACAGGGAAGUAUGUAUAUUGAGGAAAAUAUCAGAUUCAGUUUAAUAGAUAAUAUUCAGACAUGCCUUGAAGGUUUUGAUUUAUUGGGCUUCCACUGGAUUUGUUUUUUAUUAGCAUUGUAAAGUUUGAUUUGUGAUGUUUGAUACACUAGAUUUAGUUUGUUUGCCUUUAUGAUUUGCAGAAUCGACCCUGAACCCUAAUAUUUAUUUGUUCUCUGUCUUUUUUUCUUUUAAAACACUGUAUUGAUUGCAUACUGUAAAUCAUAGACACGUAUGUUAUUGAUAUUAAACAUGGCGGCUUUUUUACAUACAGUAAUAUGUUUGUCCCUGAACUGCACUGAACUGAUCUAAUCCGUUUUAAAGUUCAACAAAUGCAGUGUAGUUUGUAUUUGCUUCAUUUUUUUCCACCAGUUAACGUUCACCAUUGCUUGUUUUGUUAAAGCUACUUGAUGCAUUUCAAACGGAUUUUAACCAGAACUGUUUGCAGCAAUGCUUGACACAGACGAUCAUUAUUUGCACUGCUAAAGUUUACCAGCAUUCAGAGUCAUCCAUAAUAAAAUUCUGUUUUGCAACUACAAA